AAAACUGUCAGUAGCAAUCACUCUUCAAAUGCACAGGGUUUCAGUUAUCACUGCUCACCAGCCACUCAUGUGAAAAGAAAGAGUUGUCCUCCAAUGACUUUGCAAUGAGCAAGCGCAGGCAAAAUGCUUCAGCCUUGAGACUGCGCGGCUAAUGGCAGGGGUUGUAGCAGCGUGCACGGACCCGAUGACUUAUAAUGCUAAUGGUGACUAAGACGGCCCGCGGCAACUCCACUUGGAACACUCGAGCAGAGUUGACCCAGAUGAUAUUUAUCAUAGGAUGGAUGAUAAGUAUCAAAGGAACCCCGAUUGUGCCAGAGCUAAACAUACUCAAGUAUUCAUAAUCUCAUCAGGCCCUCCUUUCUUCUCUCCUCUCAUCACAAGAAGUUAGGAGUCCAGAUCACAAGCUACUUCAGAGGCACAGCAUCCUUUAUGAAGUUGAAGAACUAUUUCUCUAUGCUUUCUUUUCUUUUUUCUUUCCCCAUGAAGUUGUGUGGCGCCUACGAGCGUUCCUGCGGCGCAGCAUUGACAUGGAUUGAUAUGCGGGGAUAGCCUCGUGCCCACCAUCAAGGCAAUGCAGAGAUUUCAUGCAGAGUGGCUGAUGAUUGUUUCUCCUGAGGCAGAAAUAGUAACUAACAUUUCAAACUCUGUGAUUUCAAAACACAGGAGGAGAGGGCAAGUUUCAUUGCACGCUUUGCAGUCAAGAAACAGGGACGAAUUGCCUUCAAAAUCUAUCUAGGGCUAUCAGUGAUGUCCUAGCGAGGCUAGUAGUACAUUCCCUAAUGGCUCUUUUGAUGAACCACAUUUUUAGGUUCCGCGUUAGCGGCGCGUAUUCCUUGUCUUGUUAUUCCUGCGCGCUAUGAUCUAGUUGGUCCUGUCGCGGCAUGGAGGGGCAAUGCUCAUAUUGCUGGCGCCUUCCCCAGCUCGGGGUUCAAGUUUCCAGUCCCCCUUUUUUUCACACUGAAAACCAAAUGUUGUAUGUGCAGUACAUACUUUAACCCAUUCGAAUACGAAAUAUGGCAAUCGAACAUAUCAUCACCUGGCUGAACCUCAGACACCUACAAAAGCUAACUUCUCCCCUGUUCUUAAUGGAGAUGAGCCGGAUACAGAGGAGACCUUUUCUUCUCUGGAAAGCACUCCGCCGAGAACACCAGAAGGAAGGGAAGCGAACAUAUUCAGCCAGCAAAAUUCUGUAAGCACCGAUGCUACUGAAUAUGGUUGGGACAGCCCAACCCCUGAACGGUUGUCCACUCGUCGAUGUGACCUUCUUUCCUGUCCAACACCAAGUACGCUGCUUGGUAACAGGAGAAGGAAUUCAUGAGACCAACACAAGAGCUGCUGACGACUGGGCAUGGACGCCCACCAGGCUUGAUGCCCAGGAGGACAAAAUGUACCAGUAUUCUCCACCCGCAACUGAAAAUCUGAUCUUCAGCUUUCGAAGCACAGGGUGGACGAUUCUCUCCUCGAAGGUUCAUGCUACAGUCAGUGAACAGGAGCUUCUGUUGGUAGAAAAUUUCCUGCAGUUGAGGGAGAGCCGCAUAAACGAGAGAGCUCGGAAUUUAAAGCGAACUCGACUGAGUGAACAAGAGUUUUCAACACCUGAAAGCCAGGAAUUAAUAAAGCGGGAUUCUCCAAUUCUGGAGAGUGACUGCAUUGAUACCAAUUUCAGAAAAAAGGGCUGGGAUUUCAAGAGUCAAUCUUCUAGUUCCAGUAAAACCAAUUCCUCAGCAGGUUCACCAUUAGCUAUGCCAGUGCCGGUGCCAAAAACUCUGUCCAAUGUGAAAGCAACCAGUGAGUGGGCGCUGCGUCGCACCAGCUAUAAGGGGGGAAAUAGGCGCUCCCUCAAGCGCCAAAAAGGAAAUAUCCAAGAAGGGGAUGCCCGCCUGGAACCCCUGAAGACUGUUCCAUCGUGUGAUAUUCUCCAAUGGAUAGAAACAUUGAUUGGCUCGUCACUUCGCACAACGCAUAAGAAAAUGGCUAUAAAGGAGUUGAACGAAAACUCUGCUGUAAACACGGGCUCCGUCUCAGGAACACGCAAACCGAAGGCCAUGACCGGACCCCCGACAGCCAUAAGCCGACCAAUUCCCCAGUUACAAAACUUCACGCCGUACCGACCGAAAUGCCAAGAAGAGCACCUGAAGAUCGGCAUGACAAAAGACAUAAGCAAACGGCUCCAGCGAUGGGAAAAGCAAUGUGGUACCAAACUAGAGGUCUAUUUCCCAAACAAGAUGCAGCAGAUGAACAGAGGAAGCAGAACUUACUACCCGUCAAAACACAUCUUCCGCGUCGAAGGCCUUGUGCAUGCGGAAUUGAAGGAGCAGCGGAAACGGGAAGGGAAUUGCGCGGACUGUGGAGAAGCACACCGCGAGUGGUUUGAGUGUGCCACCAAGACCCCCUCGGCCCUUGCACUCCCUGCCAAACAUUCCCUGCCAAACCAUGACCAUGACCGUCCUCAUGGGAAGAUCUCUGAUAAAGGACGACUCAUCGACAACCUCACAACUACCAAGAUUCACAAUCUAGCUGGAAACUGUUGUCGUUUCCAAACGACACAGAUGCCCCACCAUACAUUCAAUUCGCAAAGCUCUGCGCCAAAAUGA